AUAUAUAUUUUUGCACUUUAGAUAUUGAAGUUACAUUUUUGCUUUGUUUCACGAUUCAUGCAGAAGCUUGGGAUGUUGUGCACGCGGCUUACAUCGUUAGCCUAAGCACUAGGUAUUCUAAGUUUGAUAGAAAACCCACAUCCAACCUCGAGGCCUUCCACAUGACAAGAAGUCCAUAUCUUCCAUUACAUAAAUCAUUUAUUAAUGGUUUAGGGACACAAGUGGUCCUCAUCUCGGUGGCGAUUCUGUUCAUGCUCUUCUCAUUCCAGCGCUUUGGGACCGACAAGGUCGGAUACACCUUUGCGCCAGUCAUCUCAAUGUGGUUCCUUCUAAUUGCCGGCAUCGGGAUGUACAACCUCGUUGUUCAAGACAUCGGUGUUCUGCGGGCCUUCAAUCCGAUGUAUAUAGUGCAAUACUUCAUAAGGAACGGGAAGAGUGGAUGGGUGUCACUUAGUGGGAUUAUCUUGUGUGUCACAGCUCAGCUUCAACGACAUCAUGUCCCGUCAGUGGCACUGUGUUAUAUUGGGCAGGCGCCUUACCUGAGGAAAUUCCAAGACAACGUUCCAAACACCUUCUACAGAUCCAUCCAAGCACCAAUGUUCUGGCCAACCAUCAUCCUUGCCAUUCUUGCUGCCAUCAUAGCAAGCCAAGCUAUGCUCUCCGGUGUGUUUGCCAUCCUCUCCAAGGCCCUGUCUCUUGGUUGCAUGCCAAGGGUUCGAGUGAUCCACACCUCGCACAAGUACGAGGGGCAGGUUACAUUCCUGAAGUGAACCUCCUCAUGGGAUUUGCGAGCAUCGUCGUCACGGUCGCCUUCCGGACGACCACCAGCAUCAGCCAUGCUUACGGAAACUACACGGUGUAUGGAUUCAGAGAUGAACACAACAAUAUGUACAAGGUCGGUUUGGAUUAUCCUUGGUGUGUAACUUCCAGUUAUUUCGCUGUCAGCCUGUCACACUGCUGGGAGAGAAGGAGAAGAUAGGCGUUGUGAGUACAGUAAGAAGGCCAAAUAUGAGAAGGGCGGAGGAUGAAUGCAGGAGAGAACAUGCUGCAACGGAAGGCAUCUUGAGAUGUAGCGGUCAACGCCUCUUCCAUGAUAUUCAGGUUGGUGUAAACUACUCGCCUAAGAUGCAAUCGACUGGAUAUUCAGAGCUAGCUGUAGACAGGAUAAUUUAGAUUGAUGAACUAUUUGAGGGGCAGAAGCUCGAAACCGACAUUAUUUUUGGUAAAUGCAAAUCCACCUCCACCUCUAUUUGCAGUCAUUGUUCCAAUAUUAGCAGAGAUAAAACCCAUUCUAGCUAUCCUUGCUCAAAAUAUUGUGAUGGUGUUCAACGCAGACCAAAAGUUUAUUUGAUGUUGUUUUAUGUAAUCAUGAUCAUCUCACCAUAAAAUAUAGAAAGAUCAAUCACAUCCGAUCUUCAA